ACCCACACCUUGACUCUUGACGAGCAUCACGACUCAUCGUUUGACCACCGCUUCACUCGUUCAGCGGGCACUCCUUACGACAAGGGAAGAUUAUUUCAAAGCACGAGAAUAUCGAUCUGUUCUGUCAAUUUGCAAGCUGUUGAGCGUACACAUAUCCGGUAUCGAAGAUGAAGGCCGCUUUCUGGACCGCCGCGGCAGCCCUUAUGGGAUCGGCCAUGGCCCAUGAUCACCACCACCGCCAUGAGCAUGCUGCUCUUCACCGCCGUGGAGGUGCUGCUGCUGGUGGUGCUGGUGACGAGACUUGCGGCUGCUACACCAGCGUUGUCACCUACUGGGGUGCUCCUACUCUCGUCCAAGUCACCGAGAGCUCUACCCCAGCGGCUCCUGAACCAACUACCACCUCAACCAGCACCACCACUCUGCAGUCGACCAGCUACAGCACUGUGACUGUCCAGGCAUCGACCUCAACCCCUGUCGUUCCUCUCCCAACAGCCUCAGUGACUGUUUUCCCUACUCCUGGUACUUAUACUAUCCCAGGAACCACCGUCACUGUUACCUCCUCGACUGUUGUUCCUGAGGCAACCACCACUGUCGUCCCCAGCGGUACCCACACCGUUGGUGGUGUUACCACUGUUGUCGAGACCUCGACCACCGUCGUCUGCCCCUACGCUACUGUCAGCCCCGUUGGCAGCACCUUCACCAGCGUUAUCCAGACCACCACCUAUGUCUGCCCCAGCGCUGGUACUUACACCAUUGCUCCCAUCACCACCACCGUUCCAGCCAGCACUGUGAUUGUCUACCCAACUCCUGCCACUGUCACCCCGGGCACCUACACUCAGCCUGAGCAGACCGUGACCGUUGUCUCCACUUCCUACACUUACGUCUGCCCAUUCGCUACUUCAUCCACUUCCACUCCUGCUCCUGCCCCAGCCGCUCCCACCACCACUGCUGCUCCUGCUCCUGCUCCUGUCGCAUCUACCUCCACUUCUGUCGCUCCUGCUCCUGCUCCUGUCGCAUCUACCUCCACUUCUGUCGCUCCCGCACCUGUUUCUCCCUCCUCUACUUCUACCUCUGCUCCUGCUCCUUCCCACACCUCAACCCCCUCAAGUGGCUGCGGCUUGGGUCAGCAUGAUCAGUAUGCUGUCACAUACACUGGUUACACCCACGACACUGGUGCUUGCAUGAGCGCCGAUCAGGUCCUGCCCGAACUGAAGAACAUCCAGGCAAACGGUUUCUAUGCCAUCCGCAUGUACUCCACUGACUGCAACCAAUUGGAGACUGUCGCCUCCCAGGCCAUUGGAUUGGGUCUAAAGGUCAUCCUCGGUGUCUACAUUGACGGCAGCGGCGUCAGCUCCGGCCACAGCCAGGUUAGCGACAUUGUUAACUGGGGUAAGUCCAACGGCUGGGAUGGUGUCGAGUUCAUCUCUCUCGACAACGAAGCUCUAAGUGACGGAUUCUGCUCUGCCUCUGAUCUCGCUGGUUUCGUUUCUUCCGCCAAAGAGACUAUCAAGGCCGCCGGCUACUCUGGUCAAUUCACCGUCGCCGAGCCCCUCAACGUCUGGCAGAGCUCUGGCUCCACUCUCUGCAGUGUUGUCGACUUCGCCUCUGCCAACCUCCAGGCUUUCUUCAACAGUGAUGUUGCUGCUGAAACCGCUGGUGACUUCGUCGCUAGCGAGGUUGAGAUCCUCAAGGGUAUUUGCAAUAACGACCAAGUCUUUGUUAGCGAGUCUGGCUGGCCCAAUGCUGGUGACAGCAACGGCAAGGCCAUCCCUGGUGCUGCUGAACAAAAGGCUGCCAUGGAUGGAAUCCGCAAGUCCAUUGGAUCCAUUGCCGCUCAGUUCUCUUACAAGAACGACCACUGGAAGAACCCUGGUUCUUUCGGCGUUGAGCAGUUCUGGGGUAUCAGCGACAUUCUCUCCAACGCUGAGUAGAUGCUGAAAACAUCAGUUCCAAGUCAUCCCAUUCAUAUAUAUAACAGUUGAAAUGAAAAUGUCAAGGCUGGAUGGGAUUUACUUUUGCUCGAUUCAGCAGGAUGGCGUUUUCUUUUGCACUUGAAAUAUUUUUUCUUUAUUGUCAUUUAAAAUAACUCUCUCCUUGGAUUAAGCUCUUUUCGAUUCGUUCCUGGUAAUAUACUUUGUGUGAUUGUUUUUUUUUUUUCUCAUCUGCUUCUCGACGUGAAGUUUCUUGUGUACGUUUAUAUAUUGUGUUGAUCCGUAGGAAGAGUUAUUGAGUCUAGCAUGCAAUGAUGUUUACAG